UUUGAUACGACGACAGCGCCAAAAAGGAAGAUAUUUGAACGAGGCCUUAUUUGAACUCACAACAAAACAUUUCUCUAUACGUGGGUGGAAAUAAUCAAUAAAUUUACAGUAAUAACAUAUCAGCUGGUCUAUAAACACAAGUAGAAAUCACUAUGAUUUUGUCAAGAACGAAACCUGCUUCGGCUGAAGGAGGGAAAAAAUCAGCUUCAAAAAGAGAAACUCCAAAAUUGGAAGAAUUCAUCAAAAAACGAGAUUAUACAGGAGCAGUUACAUUUUUAGAAUUUAAUGAAUCAUCCUCUAAUAUGGAAAAUGAUCUUUGGAUUGCUUAUUGUUAUUUUCAUCUAGGAGAUCAUAGAAAAGCAGCGACAAUUUAUGAAAAUAUAAAAAAUAACAAUACAUCAACAAAGCCACCAGAAUUAUUAACUUAUUUAGCUUGCUGUUAUUUUUUCCUAGGAAUGUAUACAGAAGCUGAAAAAAUUCUUUCACAAGCACCUGAAAGUUCAUUAAAGACAAGAAUAUUAUUUCACUUGUGCCACAAAAUGAAUGAUGAUGAAAAAUUAAAAGAAUAUCACACAAAACUAGAAGACAUUAUUGAAGAUCAAUUAAGUUUGGCAUCUAUUCAUUAUUUAAGGGCACACUAUCAGCAAGCAAUUGAUAUUUAUAAAAAAGUCCUUUUAAGCAACCGGGAUUAUUUUGCCCUUAAUGUUUAUGUAGCUUUGUGUUAUUAUAAAUUGGAUUAUUAUGAUGCUGCUCAGGAAGUUCUUCAAGUCUAUUUACAACGAUAUUCAGAUAGUGCAAUCGCAAUUAAUCUCAAAGCAUGUAAUCACUUCAGACUUUAUAAUGGAAAAGCUGCUCAGGCCGAAAUGAAGAAACUGACUGAAAAACUCUCAGGAUCCUGCAAUUUUGGAAAUGAUUUAAUACAACAUAACAUGGUGGUAUUUCGAGCAGGUGAAGGAGCAUUGCAAGUUCUUCCAAAUUUAGUUGACGUUAUACCAGAAGCUCGAUUAAAUUUAGUAAUUUAUUAUCUGCGACAUGAUGAGAUUCACGAUGCUUAUGAAUUGAUAAAAGAUCUUGAACCCACAGUACCUCAAGAAUAUAUUUUAAAAGGAAUAGUCAAUGCUGUUAUUGGUCAAGAAACUGGAUCUAGAGAAAAUAUAAAAAUUGCUGAACAAUAUUUUCAUCUAGUCGGUUCAUCAACAUCAGAAUGUGAUACAAUUCCCGGUAGACAAUCAAUGUCGUCUUGUUUUUUUUUAUAUCGACAAUUUGAAGAGGUCUUGGUUUAUUUGAAUUCGAUAAAAACAUAUUUUUCCAAUGAAGACAAUUUUAAUAUGAAUUAUGCUCAAGCUGAAACGGCAGCUGGUUAUUACAAGGAGGCAGAAGAAGCUUUUCUUGUUGUUCGAAACGAAAAAUACAAAAAUGAUUACACCUUUAUUAGUCUUCUUUCCUAUUGUUAUAUUAUGAACAAAAAAAGUCAAUUAGCUUGGGAACUUUACCUGAAAAUGGACACUUCCUCAGAAUCAUUUAAUCUUCUUCAAUUAAUUGGAAACACUUGUUAUAAAGUUGGUGAUUUUUGGUACGCAACCAAAGCUUUUGAUAUGCUUGAAAGAAUGGAUCCAACGCCGGAAAAUUGGGAAGGAAAACGUGGCGCUGCCUGUGGAACAUUUCAAUAUAUUAUUGCAGAAAAGUUACCCAAGGAACUUUUACCAGAAGUUAUUCAACUACUUAGAAACACAUCGAACACACAAUCAGAACAAAUAAUUCGUGUUAUGCGAAAAUGGGGUAAAGAUAAUAAAGUACCUUGUUAAUAUAUUUAUAAACAACUUUUUAAAUUUAGAUUUAAUAUAAAAUAGAUAUAUUUAUUUAAAUUGCGAUACACUCACUUUGUUUCUAAGAAUAAUAAUUGUAAUUAUAAUGUAUAAUAAAAUAAUAAUAGUAUGUAAUAAUAAUCAAAAAUCAUUGUCAUAGUAACAAAAUUGAAUUUUAGAAAAAAAAAACCAGUCAAUGGCAAUUGGAUUUUCUCUUUAACUCCAAUUUUUUGAUCGACUAUCCCUUUAAACAGUGACAUAAUAGAGAAAAUAUGAUACUGUUUUAAGGGAUAUUGACUUAACGUAGCGUAAAUAAUAAAAGAAAAUAAAGUCUUUGGACUUUCACACGUUCUUGUUAAUUAAUUGAGCAGGCAGAAGAAUGUAUCAAAGAUUUAUCAUUGAAACCACUCAAUUUUAAGACAUGUCUCGUGUAAACUAAAUUGUUAUUUUUGACUACGUCAACGAAUUCAACAUUAUAUUAUCGGAGCCAAAGAACGUUUAGAAAGACUUUUCCUUUACAUCGAAAAACACUGGAUUUUAUUUUAAAGAUCCAGUAAAUCCCUAUCACAGAAAAAGAGCAUCGCCCUGGAAUUCUACUUUGUAAAAAUAGCACCAAAUAUUCUUUUUUUUCAGUACAAUAGUGUCUUUUCGAUUACAAUUGUUUAAUUUUCAUUUUUGUUAAUUCAUAAGGGCUGAUUCUCUUUUUCUUCUUCUUUUUUUUUUUUUUAAUCUUUUCUUUU